AUGCCUUCGAACAGUUCUCGAGGCGGGCAUAGUCAAAGCAAGAAUGACUAUAAUGAUAAAAAACUCUAUAGGAAGGUUCGGAAUCGCCUGUCUCAGCAAGCGUUUCGACGACGACGCGCCGAAAAUCUCAAAACACUCCAAGAACGUUUAAACUCCAGCUAUAAGCCCCAGAGCGAGACAAUUGCCAGGCUCGAAGAAGAGAACCGUGAUCUUCGAAUGCAGCUUAUUAAAGUCCAGACACAACUAUCCCGAUUUGUUGUCAACACUCAACUGCUAAAUGACUCGAUAUCUCACGCAUUGGAUCCUAACCCGUCUAACAAAUCUACCACCAAUCAAGAUGCAGACUCUCAAUCCCAAAAUGUCUCAGAGAGCACUAAUGAUAAUAUUUAUCAUUUUAACGAACUUCUAGACUUCUCUUCAAUUGAUAUCGAUGCAACUUUCCAUGCAGAGGAGCGGGUUUCAGGUUUGGUGCUUCUUAUUAUCCUAUGGACUACUAGAAUUGACAGUCCAGUAGUAGAUGCGCUACAUGUGCCACGGGAGUUACCGGCCAGCCAGUUCUCAUCAGCCGAGGUGGGAAGUUGCCAGUGUUGUGAUACAUCAAAUACCUUCCAACUCUCAAGCUGUUUACUCCAGAAAAAUUGGGCAGAUCCGAAUUCCGCAUUUUCUGACCAUGUAGAAGCACUUCAUCAGUUUCUCAAACUAAACUUUGUUUCAGAGAACAGAGGAAAUAGAUUCGAAUCGUUAAGCUAG